AUUAUUAAGCACCAAAAAAUGGGAGAUUCAUUGGAUACAAAUAUACUUCACGACUUUUCCCCCUUAAUGAUAGUGUACAAGGAUGGUCGAGUUGAAAGGUUGGAAGGCGAAGAUGUCGUCCCUCCAGGCCCGGAUGCCGAAACCGGAGUCAGAUGCAAAGACCUCGAGAUUUCAUCGGACCCCAAAGUUUCCGUCAGGAUUUUCCUCCCCAAGACUGCCAGUCCGGGCCGGAAACUUCCACUUUUGGUGUACUUCCACGGCGGAGGAUUCAUCGUCGAAUCUGCUUUCUCUCCGACUUACCAGAAGCAUCUCUGCUUAGUCUCGGCCGAAGCCAACGCCGUGAUCGUCUCCGUCGAUUACAGGCUGGCCCCGGAGCACCCGAUUCCGGCGGCAUUCGAGGACUCGUGGCUGGCUCUCAAGUGGGUUGCGUCCCAUUCCUCUGCCGGCGGCGGCGAGGAGUGGCUGACGGAGCACGCCGACUUCGGGCGCGUGUUCUUCGGCGGCGACAGCGCGGGUGGAACCAUAGCCCACCGAAUGGCGAUUCGGGUCGGGUUGGAAGGACUGGAUGGGAUCAAUCUUGACGGGCUCUUCCUCAACUGCCCGUUUUUCUGGGGAAAGGAUCCGAUUGGUGAAGAAGGGGAUGAGGUGGGGCCCGCACGUUCGUAUCUUGAGAGUCUUUGGCUGUUCGUGAACCCGACAACAACCGGGCCGGACGACCCGCUUUUGAACCCGAUGAUGGACCCUGAAUUCAGGAAGCUGGGGUGCAAGAAAGUGCUGGUUUACGUGGCAGAGAAGGACCCGCUUAGGCAGAGGGGGCGGCACUACAAGGAGGCGUUGGGCAAAAAUGGGUGGUGCGGGGCGGCGGAGCUGGUGGAAGCUAAGGGGGAGGACCACGUAUUCAAUGUGAUGUCUCCCACCUCUGAUAAUUCCAUGGCUAUGGUAAAAAAGUUAGCCGCUUUCUUCAACCCCUAAGUUGCUUUGAAUACUAUCUUAGGAUACUCAGAUUUAGGAUGUUAUCCGGGUAUCAGAAUAAGCUAUGUUGCAUUGAAACUCACAAAUCACGAGGAAACGGGAAACUGAACACUUCAACUUUUACUUAAAAAUGUUUGAUUGGAGAGUUUCCGAAAUGGAAACUUAGAGCCCGUUUGGAGAACUCUGUUUUCGGCUUAUCAGGCUUCUCAGCAAGCUUUUUCACCAAACACGUAACUUUUACUUUCGCGCGCUGAAUUGUGUAAUAAGCCGAAAAAGUAAGGUUGGAGUUACUUUUCUGGCUGUAUUGGCUGAAGUUACUGUAGAGGACCAUUUUAGCUAUUUUUACAUAUAAUUUUUUCUUUAAUUUAUUAAUAAAAUAUAUUUUUAAAAUAUUUUUUUCUUAAAUCAGCAGAAUCAGCCAAAACAGCCACUCCAGCCAGAAUAUCAUAAAUUUCAGCAGAAUCAGCCAAAACAGCCGAUUUUGGUGCUACCAAACGGGCUCUUACUCUUCCGAUUUUCGUGCUACAUAGAGCCUUUUGAAUAAAUGUUUUACUUCCAUUUCAUAAAAUGAAUCUACCCCAAAAGCAACUAUAAUAUAUAAAUUUUACGUUUUGAAGAAUUUGUGAUCUAUUAUCAUUUGUCACAUGUGAAGAUUUUCUUUUUGAUGGGUCUGUGUUUGUGUUGUUAAUAUCAUUACUAUUAUUAUAGUAAUAAUAGUGAUAUGCGAAGUUGAUUGUUCUUAUCACAAGUGUUGACUAAUUCGUAUGCAUGAUUGAUUGUUGUAUCAAACUAGUUUUUCACUCAUGCGAUGUAUGAUGUGAGGUUUUUUAUAAAUUGGGAAAGGUGAAAAUAUUACUCUCUUCA